AUGCCAAAAGGGGCACUGGCCCAGCGCCAGCCCUGGUGGAAGAGCCAGCUGUUCGUCCGGGAGCCAGUGCUGUUUGGGACCUGGGAUGGUGUGUUCACAUCUUGCAUGAUCAACAUUUUUGGGGUUGUCCUUUUCUUGAGGACUGGCUGGCUGGUGGGAAACACAGGAGUGCUCCUGGGCAUGUUUCUGGUGUCCUUCGUCGUCCUAGUGGCCCUCAUCACUGUGCUGUCUGGCGUCGGUGUCGGGGAGCAGUGUGGUGUUGGCAGCGGGGGCGUCUACACGAUGAUCUCCUCGGUCCUCGGCGGGCAGACCGGAGGCACCAUUGGGCUGCUGUACGUGUUCGGACAGUGUGUCGCAGGUGCCAUGUACAUCACCGGCUUUGCUGAGUCCAUCUCUGAUUUGCUGAGCCUCAGGAGUAUCUGGGCAGUGCGAGGAAUUUCAGUCGUGGUGCUUCUGGCCUUGCUGGGGAUUAACCUAGCAGGUGUCAAAUGGAUGAUCCGCCUCCAGCUGCUGCUGCUCUUCCUGCUGGCUGUGUCCACACUGGACUUCGUGGUGGGCUCUUUCACGCAUCUGGACCCAGAGCACGGUUUUGUGGGCUACUCACGGGAACUGCUCCGGAACAACACUCUGCCAGAUUACAGCCCCGGGGAAUCUUUCUUCACUGUCUUUGGGGUAUUCUUCCCGGUGGCUACAGGAGUCAUGGCCGGUUUCAACAUGGGGGGUGACCUCCGGGAGCCCCCUGCCAGCAUCCCCCUGGGCUCCCUAGCAGCUGUUGGCAUCUCGUGGUUUCUGUACCUUGUAUUCGUCUUCCUGCUGGGCGCUGCCUGCACCCGAGAGGCCCUUCGCUAUGACUUCCUGAUAGCAGAAAAGGUGUCCCUGGUAGGCUUCCUGUUCCUUUUGGGCUUAUACAUUUCAUCCCUGGCCUCCUGUAUGGGAGGACUCUACGGAGCUCCCCGGAUCCUGCAGUGCAUUGCCCAGGAGAAAGUCAUUCCCGCACUGGCCUGUUUGGGGCAAGGGAAAGGGCCAAAUAAGAUACCUGUAGCUGCCAUCUUCCUGACCAGCUUAGUGACCAUGGCCUUUGUCCUUGUGGGCCAGGUGAAUGUGCUGGCCCCGAUCGUCACCAUCAAUUUCAUGCUGACGUAUACUGCAGUGGACUACUCCUACUUCUCCCUGUCCAUGGUUCCCCGCAGCCUUCCCCAGGUGUCUGAGUCAGUGCACAAGGAGGGCCCAGGAGCUCUCCACUGCUCUGAGCACCUGCUCUUGGAGAAGGCUCCCAGCUAUGGCUCUGAGGGCACGGCCCAAAGCCUCCCUGAGGGCACUCUGCUAGAAGUCACCGAAGACGUGGAUCCGCUCCUCCAGCUAACCAGGAAGCUUGAGACUAGCCGGCCGAGGCAAGGAGGCAGUGACGGGAUCCCAGAAAGUAAGAAGGGGAACCACAAGAAGGCCACCAAGCAAACCCUACAAGAUAGCUUCCUUUUGGACCUCAAGUCCCCAGCUUCCUUCCCUGCUGAGGGCUCUGACGGAUUGCCUACUGCCUCCUGGGAGGGACAGGAGGCCUACUGGAAUAAGCAGAGUGCCAGGAGAGAAGGGGUUCUGCCUGGAGGACCAUGUACUGAACUUGUCCCUGAGCCGAGCAACCAGCCUGUCCCAACUGGAGAAGAUUUCUUCCUAAAGUCUACACUCCGAGAACAAGAUAUCCAGAGAUCAACUUCCUUCUACACCCACGUGUGCAACCCCUGGGUCUCCCUGUUAGGGGUGAGUAACUUCAUUUUUAUCCCAAUUGUUCUUGAGAAAGAAUUCACCUUUAUUAAUAUUUAUGUAUAUUUUUUCCCUGCAGGAUUAGCCUCCAGCUUCAGCUUCUUCAGGUGGAUGAAGUCCCUUCUGAUCCCCUCCUGCAGGAGCUUGAGAUCUCCCCAAGAGCAGAUAAUUUUGGCGCCGUCCCUGGCUAGGGUUGACAUGGAGAUGACUCAGCUCACCCAGGAGAACGCAGACUUCGCCACUCGGGAUCGCUACCACCACUCCUCCCUUGUGAGUCGGGAACAGCUGAUGUCUCAGUACUGA